CAGUGGCUACGUUUUGUUUUGGUUUCUUUUGUUUUUUUUUUCUCUUUUCUUUAUUUGCUCCUCUGUCUGUCGAAACGAAACGACGAAAGCAAAUAUCGAUUUAUCAAAAUCGACAUCUUCUUCUUCUCCGAUUCUGCUUACUUCUUCUAGAUGGCUCUUCAAGCUACUGAGAGAGAUGUUUAUGAGUUCUUCUCCAAAGCGGGCAAGGAGUCGUUUACUAGUUCUACAACAACUUGUGACAGUUGCCAAAAGCACUGAGUUCAAAGACAAAAUCAAGAACGUUGGUGCCAGUCUUGUCAAGCAGGUUGCAAAUGCUACUAAUGAUGUUGUUGGUGAUGUUUGGUUAUGUUCUUAUUUGGUCAAGGAUGAGAUCGUUCUUGAUGGUAAUGACAUUGAGCUUGUGUCAAGGUCAUGCGCUUUGAUCAACCAGAAAUGUCACGUAAAGAAGAAGGAUAUCAGGAAGUUUCUUGAUGGUAUCUAUGUCAGCGAGAAGAGCAAGAUUGUUGAAGAGGAAUAGUUUUUAUCAAUCAUCAUAGCUCCAUUGUCUCUAUUUUUGAAUGUUAGUUUCUGUGUUAUGGAUUAAUGUUCAGUUUCUGUGUUAUGGAUUAAUCAUCAUAGCUCCAUUUUCUCUAUUUUUCAAUGUU